AUGCCUCUUCCUAAAUAUACCUACAACGGCCCAAUCGACCAUACAGUGGUGCCUGAUCUAGCCAAUGCCAAAGCCAAAUCCGUCAUCAUUACCGGAGGCGCAAAUGGAAUGGGCGAGGCCAUGGUGCGCGCCUUCACUGAGGCCGGCGCCUUUGUCACCUUUGGCGACCUUCACCCUAGAGGAGACGAUCUCGCUAAGGAAUUGAACGCCAACGGUGAAACCGCUGCGUUUGUCAAAUGUGACAUUACAGACUGGGACAGUUUGAUUACACUGUUCGAGACGGCCAAAUCCAAGAGUCCGGGUAACAGCGUUGAUAUUGUCAUUGCCAAUGCAGGAAUCUCGCGUGCCUCGGGUGACAGUUUGUGGAACCUCGAUGACCCUAACGGGGCACCAACCAAGCCCAAUCUCAAUAUUGUCCGUGUCAACAUGGACGGGACAUUCUACACCUGGAAACUUGCAGUGCAUUAUUUCAGAAAACAACCCGAUACCGAGGACCGAGACCGAUGCUUCAUCAUGACUGGAAGCAUGGUCGCGUACAUUGAUUCACCGGGAAACUGGGAAUACACAGCGACUAAGUAUGGUCUCCGCGGCUUCAUGAAGACUGUGCGUCGAAACAGCUGGGAGCAAGGAAUUCGGGUUAACUAUGUCGCGCCAUGCUGGAUCAAAAGCGCUAUUCGUACCAAGGAAUACGAGAAUUGGCUGAUCGAGCGUGGUGUUGAGUUUGGCGAACAGGCCGAUUGCGCCGGUGCAAUGAUGCGGAUCGCCUGCGAUAAAUCUAUCAACGGACGCUCACUCAUGAUUACGCCUAGGUCCUUUGCCAAGGAGGGAUUUGUGGAUGUAAACAAGGAAGACUAUUCGGACCCCAAAGACGAGUACUUUGCCAAGAAGCAAGCGUCGCAAUUAGUCAUUAUCGAGGAUAAAUGGCUAGAUGAUUAUAAAAGACAGGGUCAAGGGCAGAAAUUAGGUCCCGGUCCCUGCAACUCCCAAGAGAGGAUUCUUAGUGAAGUUGCUAGCAUCUGGGGCGACCACUCACUUCUCACAAGUGAAAGACAACGCCCUUGGUUUCAAGAGAAAUACACGCUGAUUCCUCGUUUCAAGGGUCAUGAAGGAUGUGGAGAGAUUGUACAGAUAGGCGACCAAGUGAAAGACGCCGGUUUCAGCGUGGGAGAUCGAAUCGCGACUAUCGCUGUCCCUGGUUGUGGAUCAGAGAACUGCGCAGAGUGCUCACGGGAUCUCGCUCAGCUAUGUGAACAAGCCCACCACGCUGGUAUUGGUCAGGACGGCUUCUAUGCACCAUAUGCUGCGCUUGACCUUCGAGCAGUAGUUCACGUCCCGGAAGGAAUUCCGUCAUCCGUAGCAGCAGUGGCGACGGACGCUGUCAAAACGAGCUACCACGCCAUUGUAAGACGUGCAGAGGUCAAGUCUAACGAGAUAGUCUUUCUGUUUGGCCUUGGGGGCCUCGGAUUUAAUGCGUUGCAAAUUGUUCUGCAUAUCGGGGCUCGAGUCAUUGUUUCCGAUAUUCGACAAGAACGGUUGGAGGAGGCUGCAAGGUGGGGUGUUCCUCGACAGGAUCUAGUACCGGCUGGAAAGUCAGUACAGGACUUUGUGCGCGAGAAUGGGCUGCAGGGCAGAAUUGACAGCACCCUGGAUUUUGUCGGAACACACCAGACUUUCCAGGAUGCACAAAACAUUGUUCGCAGAGGAGGAAAGCUUCUGUGUGUUGGUACUCUUGAUGAGGAGAACACAGUCGACAUGAAGAUUGGCAUUCAGAAAAGACUGAGCAUUAUCUUUACAUACGGCGGGCAAUGGAGAGAUCUGAAGGAAGUCCUGGAACUGAUCUCCAAGGGAAUAAUUCAGCCGCAGGUUGAGAUUGCUGGUUUGAGGGAAUUCCCCAAUAUCUUGAAGAGUGUUUGCGAUGGAAAGGUCAAAGCCCGCGUUGCCUUGUUGCAUGAGUAG